GCCGAGGAGGCGCUCCGCCGGGCGGAGGAGGCGCGCGAGCGCGAGGCAGCCGCCGCCGCGUCCAGGGCGGCGGAGCGCCGGCGGCUGGUGGCGGAGCAGCAGCAGCUGGAGCGCGAGCUGGAGGCGCAGCGGCGCCUGGUGCGGCUGGACGCCGCGCGCGGCGCGGAGCGCGAGCGCCUGGCCGCCGAGGCCCGGCGGGAGCAGGAGGCGCUGGACGCGCUGCGCCGCCAGGCGCAGCUCGAGGCGGAGGAGCGCAGGCGGAGGGUGGCCCAGGCCGCGGAGAGGGCCGGCCAGGAGGCCCGCGACGUGGAGAGGCUGCGGCACCAGCGGGCCUCCGAGGAGCGCAGGGCGCUGGCCGACCAGGAGGCUCAGGAGGCAAGGGCGCGGGAGGAGGAGCUGGCGAGGCAGCGGCGCGCCUCGCGCGAGGCGGCCGAGGCCGCCGAGCGGCGGCCCACGCGCGGCGACGGCCCCGCGCGGGCGGCCGCGCGGCGGCGGCAGCGGCGGUGA